AGCCACAUAAGAGGGGAAGAAAAAAAAUCAACACAGAAAAAGUAAACAAACACAAUUUGAAUAUCUGUCAAAAAAGUGAUUUUAGUAUUUCAAAUUCAAAGUUUAUUACUUUUAUUUUAAAAAUGGAUCAUUUGGAAAUAAAUACGGAGGACAUACUAGUAAAUACUGGUGUAACAGCAGUAUCCGAUUCUCUAUUAGGUCUAGCAACACUAAAUCCAGAAUUGGAAAUAUUGAAUGUGGGGAACGUUGUAUUACAUAAAGGAUUGGAGCAAGUAGAUAAAGUCCUCGUUAUAUCAGGUGGGGCUUCUGGUUUAGAGCCUGCCUUCGCACACUAUGUAGGGAAAGGGAUGUUAGCAGCCGCAGUACAAGGAGAUCUUUUACAGUCACCACCUAGUCGUCCAAUACUUAGGACAAUAAGAGAGUUGGCUGCGAUAUCUCUUCGAGGCGUACUGAUAAUUGUAAAUGGUAACUCGGGUGACUUACUGAAUUUUGGAUUAGCUACUGAAAGAGCCAAAAAAGAAUUACUCAGGGUAAUGAUGCUCCCAAUAUUUGAUAACUAUUCUAAUGGAGACCUACCCAGUUGUAAGAGAAGAGGAUUGAGUGGCAUAGUACUGAUAAUGAAAAUAGCAGGAGCCAUGGCUGAGGAUGGACAUUCCAUAGAUAAAAUCUACAAAAACUGCGAAAUGUUGACAGAGAAUCUAAUCAGCAUCUCAUUCGGUACUAGAGAGCAUCUUUUACGACAACGUUGUGUGUGUAAAGCAGUAUCGGAAUUUGUUAUUGGUACUAAUAUUAAUGGAGAAUCAGCCUUGAAACGGAUACGAAAAUCGCAUGUAAAGGAAAUAGUGAACUCUUUGAUGGAGGAACUGUUGUAUUCCAAUAAGAAACAACCAUUUUUGGAGAUAAGGACCACACCAGUGGUUCUUUUAGUUAAUAACGUUGGGGGUAUAUCAAAAUUGGAGGAAAUGAUAAUUGUUAAGGAGCUUAUUGGCCAUCUAGAUGAUAAAGGAGUUGUUGUAUCAAGGAUAUAUUCAGGAACUUUCCUUGGUUCCAUGUACUUCGAUGGAAUUAUCAUUUCUUUAUUGAGAUUAGUUCAACCAGAUAUUUUGAAGUAUUUAGAUGCCCCUACCACUGCUCUAGGUUGGAAGAACGUAGCAGAUUUCAGAACAGAUAUAAAAGUGGUGGAGAGAAAACAAAGCAUACUGCACAAAAAACCGAGAACAGAAUCUAUAGUUAUAAAAGGACCAAAACUAACAGACCACAACGCAAUGAAGGUGAAAAACUCAGCCAAUUUUGCUUGCGAAGCUAUCAUCUCUUGCGAGAGACAACUCAAUAAAAUCGAUUCGGAGACAGGAAACAGUAAUACAGGUACAAGGAUGAAGACUGCUGCAGUCUUGUUUCUGCAGAAAUUCCGAGCGAAUAAGGCUCACUUCGACCUGCCCUAUCAUUUCUUUCAAUAUUUGAGUAAGCUGUGUGAAUAUCAUCUCGGAGGACCUAUGGGAUGUAUUUUUUGUAUACUUUUCGAGGCGGCAUCUGGCACGUUUCUUCCUCUGGAGGAUUUGGACGAUAACUUGGAGGGUCCUAUUUGGUUGGAGAGUUUGAAGAAUGCGGUAGAGUCGUUGAAAAGAUAUACACUGGCCCAGUUGGGGGAUAACACCUUGCUGGACCCACUAGAAGCUUGUGUGAAAGGAACGGUAGAUCACCUAUUCGAGAUGCCCAGUUAUCUUGAAGCGUUCCGAUGUGGUGUGGCUGCUGCUGAACAAAUAUCAGCAGAAUUAAAAAAUAUGAAUCUGUACCCAGAUCCUGGUUCCCACGCGGUGGUCAUAAUACUUAGAGCGAUUUAUGAAGGUUUGAAGCUUAGUUGAAAAAUGUGCUAAAAAAGUGUACAUAUAUUUUUAUCCAAUAUACAUCAUUUUACAAUUCAUCAAAAUCAUUAAUACAAUGUAUUGAAUGUAAAUAACUCUUUGGAAAUAUAUUUAUUUUUUUAA